UGUUUCCGGUACGCGUGGCCGCUCCUGUUGACAGCUGCUACGAGAGACAAGCCAAGAUGAUUUCCCUCACCGACUCCCAGAAAAUUGGGAUGGGGCUAACAGGAUUUGGUGUGUUUUUCCUGUUUUUUGGAAUGAUCCUGUUUUUCGAUAAAGCUCUACUUGCCAUAGGAAAUAUUCUUUUCGUUGUCGGUUUGGCGUUUGUAAUCGGGCUGGAAAGGACGUUCAGGUUCUUCUUUCAGAAGCACAAAAUGAAAGCCACCAGCUUCUUCCUAGGAGGCGUCUUCGUAGUGCUGAUCGGAUGGCCCAUCGUCGGAGUGAUUCUAGAGUUUUAUGGCUUCUUUCUAUUAUUCAGGGGAUUCUUUCCAGUGGUCGUAGGCUUCAUCAGGAGAAUUCCUGUACUGGGAUACUUACUGAAUCUUCCCUUCAUUAGUGGGCCUUCCUAAGGCUGAGCGGACAGUCAGCCAUCUUGUAUGUGGACACAAUGAGCGAAAGCAACAACAUGGUUUAACAGACUCUUUUUUUACCACUUAUUUAUGAUGGAUUUUCUACAGCUUUAACCUUACAACAGCCAUGAGAAGUAUAGAGGUCGUAUUACCGAAGCUUUACAUUCAGACGUGUUUCCACUGUAAGGACGUCUGAGAGAUAUAUUUACGUCAGUGAAAAGCCAACUGUGCAGCGAGGAAAAGAAGCCACUCCUUCGUCGGCCGGCCAAAGCAAAGCAAUCAAUAGAGCUGCGUCACAACACGAUUGCAUCCCUGAACAACUGUGCCCUACUUUAUAAAUGCAAACUUCAUGAAGAAGUUACUGGAGAUCCUCCCGUGAGGAACGUUUCUUUGAAUGUGCAGAAGCGACUUCUGAAAGUCUGUGUUCUGUUACAACAAUGGCCUUGUUACAUGGUUUUGUCUAUAAUUGUAUUUUAAAGAGGGAGGAGAGCUGGAGGACUCUUAAUUUCUUCAUUUGUUUUUCUAUCACACCUGCUGAAACUGCAACUGUGAGAUUUACACUUUCUUGUAAAAUUAAACUGUUACUAAUCAGA